AUGGUCAUUAAUGAAGUCUCACCCUACAAUGGCAUUCUGGGCAGACCAUGGAUCGGCAAGAUCAACGCCAUUACCUCUGCCACAUAUCAGAAGAUCCGCUACCCAAUCCCUGGGGAUGGUAUUGGCCAGAUCAACAACGAUCAGCAAUCAAAGAAUCAGGACCAAAUCGAGGGAAUCUAUCCGAAGGUCUCUCCUGAAGAAGGAUGGAAGCCCGAGGAGGACGUUGAGCUAGUACCUUUUGAUCCUGACAAGCCAGAGAGAAAAGCAUGGAUCGGCUCGGGCCUAUGCCAGGAGGAAAAGGCAGAACUUGCAGCCUUCCUCCAGAACAAUAAAGACGUAUUUGCAUGGUCACCAUCCAACAUGCCUGACAUCGAUCCCCAGAUCAUCUGCCAUCGCCUACAUGUUAACCCAGCUAUCAAGCCUAUAACACAGAAGAGACACGACUUCGCCCCUGAGCGGGUUGCCAUCAUUGAAGUCGAGAUUGAUAAGCUUCUAGUUGCUGAUAAAGGCCUGUGGAGAGUGUGCAUCGACUACACCGACCUCAACAACGCAUGCCCUAAAGACAACUUUCCAUGGCCAAGAAUUGAUCAGCUUGUCAAUUCAACUUCUGGCAAUCAACUGCUAAGCUUUAUGGACGCCUACUCCGGCUACAACCAAAUCAUGAUACAUGAAGACGACAAGGUAAAGACCUCCUUCAUCAUCGAAAGAGAUACAUACUGCUACAAAGUCAUGCCCUUUGUGCUGAAGAACGCCGGAGCAACCUACCAAAGGCUGGUGAACAAAAUCUUCAAGGAGAAAAUCGGUAAGACUAUGGAGGUCUACGUAGACGAUAUGCUAGUCAAAACUCCCGAGCAAGCAAACCACAUUGAGAACCUUGCCGAGGCAUUCAGCCUACUCCGAAAAUACAACAUGAAGUUGAACCCAAGCAAAUGCACAUUUGGAGUCUCGUUCGGCCGAUUCCUCGGAUACUUAGUCACCUAA